GGAGAGACAAGAAUUGUUUCACCUGCACUCAGUGUGGAAAGAGUUUUGGAAGACAAAGCAGUCUUAAAAUUCACAUGAGGAUCCACACUGGAGAGAAACCAUUCACAUGCACCCAGUGUGGGAAGACUUUCAGCCAAAUAUCAGCCCUUAGCAAACACAAAAAAAUCCACACUGGAGAGAAAUCUUUCACAUGCACUCAGUGUGGGAAGAGUUUCAGCCAAUCAUCAUCCCUUAAUAGUCACAUGAGGAUCCACACUGGAGAGAAACCAUUCACAUGCACUCAGUGUGGGAAGAGUUUCAGCACAUCAUCAUCCCUUAAUAGUCACAUGAGGAUCCACACUGGAGAGAAACCAUUCACUUGCACUCAGUGUGGGAAGAGUUUCAGCAAAUCAUCAUCCCUUAAUCUACACAAGAUGAUUCACACUGGAGAGAAACCAUUCACAUGCACUCUGUGUGGGAAGAGUUUCAUCCAAUCAUCAUCCUUUAAUCUACACAUGAGGAUUCACACUGGAGAGAAACCAUUCACAUGCACCCAUUGUGGGAAGAGUUUCAUCCGCUCAUCAUCCCUUGAUCUACACAUGAUGAUCCACACUGGAGAGAAACCCUUCACAUGCACCCAGUGUGGGAAGAGUUUCAGCCAAUCAUCACACCUUAAUCAACACAUGAUGAUCCACACUGGAGAGAAACCCUUCACAUGCACCCAGUGUGGGAAGAGUUUCAGCCAAUCAUCACACCUUAAUCAACACAUGAGGAUCCACACUGGAGAGAAACCAUUCACCUGCACUCUGUGUGGGAAGAAUUUCAGCCAACCAGCAAACUUUAAUCAACACAUGAGGAUCCACACUAGAGAGAAACCAUUCACAUGCACUCUGUGUGGGAAGAGUUUCAGCCAAUCAUCAUACCUUAAUCUACACAUGAUGGGCCACACUGGAGAGAAACCAUUCACAUGCACUCAGUGUGGGAAGCGUUUCAGCAAAUCGUCAUCCCUUAAUCUACACAUGAGGAUCCACACUGGAGAGAAACCAUUCACAUGCACUCAGUGUGGGAAGAGUUUCAGCCAAUCAUCACACCUUAAAAAACACAUGAGAAUCCACACUGAAGAGAAACCAUUCACAUGCAUCCAGUGUGGUAAGAGUUUUAACUGCUCAUCAUCCCUUAAUCAACACAUGAGAAUCCACACUGGAGAGAAACCAUUCACAUGCACUCACUGUGGGAAGAGUUUCAACCAACCAUCAAACCUUAAUCACCACAUGAGGAUCCACACUGGAGAGAAACCAUUCACAUGCAAUCAGUGUGGGAAGAGUUUCAGCAUAUUAUCAUCCCUUAAUAUACACAUGAGGGUCCACACUGGAGAGAAACCAUUCACAUGCACUCUGUGUGGGAAGAGUUUCAGCCAAUCAACAAGCCUUAAUGAACACAUGAAGAUCCACACCGGAGAGAAACCAUUCACUUGCACUCAGUGUGGGAAGAGUUUCAUCCGCUCGUCAUCCCUUAAUAUACACAUGAGGAUCCACACUGGAGAGAAACCAUUCAAAUGCCCUCAGUGUGGGAAGAGUUUUAACAACUCAUCAAACCUUAAUCAACACAUGAGGAUCCACACUGGAGAGAAACCAUUCACAUGCCCUCAGUGUGGGAAGAGUUUUAACAUAUUAUCAUCCCUUAAUAUACACAUGAGGGUCCACACUGGAGAGAAACCAUUCACAUGCACUCUGUGUGGGAAGAGUUUCAGCCAAUCAACAAGCCUUAAUGAACACAUGAAGAUCCACACCGGAGAGAAACCAUUCACUUGCACUCAGUGUGGGAAGAGUUUCAUCCGCUCGUCAUCCCUUAAUAUACACAUGAGGAUCCACACUGGAGAGAAACCAUUCAAAUGCCCUCAGUGUGGGAAGAGUUUUAACAACUCAUCAAACCUUAAUCAACACAUGAGGAUCCACACUGGAGAGAAACCAUUCACAUGCCCUCAGUGUGGGAAGAGUUUUAAGUACUCAUCAAACCUUAAUCAACACAUGAGGAUCCACACUGGAGAGAAACCAUUCACCUGCUCCUAAGCCGUGGUCACACUGGACUUUUCUC